UUACUAAGAGCUGGGGGUAAGUACUGACUCCCCUUCCAGAACAACCUGUCAUUCUGCUCACAGUGACUUCAUGUGAUGUCAGCUAAGUGUACAAGACACCGAUCUCAGUGCUGCCUGCAAAAUGUGACAGCAGGGUCUGUACUCUGCAGCCCCCAGCCUGUGCUCUGCUAGAGAGAAAGGGAGAGAGAGGGAAGAGCAGGGUGACUUCCAGUUGGCUCCAGCGCUCAGACAAGUUCUUGCAGAGAUGGCCAGCUCUGCUGCUUCAUGCUUUCCUUCAGUCAUGUCCUCCUGCCAGAGACUGGAAGGCAGAAAUGGGGCAUCCAGUACCUCCAAAUCACUGGCCUUCUCUAUUGAAAGAAUUAUGGCAAAGUCUUCAGAGCCUAAACCUACCAUUUUUGACCACAAUCAUGGACUGGAGAGCGAUGCGAAGAAGAUUUUGAACCUUUGUUCUCCAAUCCCCUGCAUGAUCCCAGUGCAGUCCUUGGGGUAUGAUGUCCACUCCAAGACCCUACUGAAUUAUUCGGAGCUCUGGAAGAACAGUUUGAGGGCUCCUGUGUGUAACCCCACUGCUGGCUUGUGUAAGGCGAACUGUGGCAUGUGCUGCAAGAACGAGCUCAACAUGGGCCACUCGGUUGUGCCAAGCAGUAGGGUGAUCAAACCUCAGGUUAUCAACCAAACAGUAGGGAUGCCACCAGGGACUAAUGGACCCCUCUAUUACUUCAACUACCUGGACUCUGCUUACAACCCCUCAGACAUCCUCAAUGGACAGCUUAUUCCAUCUGGCAUUUUAAAUGCCCAGUCACAGGCGACACUAAGUGCCCACCAUAAACUCUACUUAUUGGAAAAUGCUAAAAUGGCCAGCCUUUGCCCAGACAAGUACCCUCUUCCUCAAUACCCACACAAGGAGCGUCUACCAGGCCAGCUGGACCAAGUGAUGAAAGAAAACACGGCACUGGCUGUGGACAGGAACCCUAAAAGCCACAGCAAACUCAGUGCCAACCCCAUGGAUGGCAAACCCAAGAUCUUCACCUGUGAAGUAUGUGGCAAGGUUUUUAAUGCACAUUACAAUUUAACCAGACACAUGCCAGUUCAUACGGGGGCCAGACCUUUUGUCUGCAAAGUUUGUGGCAAGGGAUUUAGGCAAGCGAGUACCCUGUGCAGGCACAAAAUCAUCCACACACAGGAAAAACCCCAUAAGUGUAACCAGUGUGGAAAAGCUUUCAACCGAAGUUCUACCUUAAACACCCACAUUAGAAUCCAUGCAGGGUAUAAACCUUUUGUAUGCGAAUUUUGUGGCAAAGGAUUUCACCAAAAAGGAAAUUAUAAAAAUCAUAAAUUAACCCACAGUGGGGAGAAGCAAUAUAAGUGCACGAUCUGCAACAAGGCUUUCCAUCAGAUCUACAAUCUGACCUUCCAUAUGCACACACACAAUGACAAGAAGCCUUUUACUUGUGGGACCUGUGGAAAGGGCUUUUGCAGGAACUUUGACUUAAAGAAACACGUGAGAAAAUUACACGACAACGUUUCGGCCUCUAGUUCCAUGAAGGAGAUAUCUAGGACUGUUCAGAACUGAAUGACAAUAAAUUGCUCCAAUUCUCUGCAGAUUCAAUCACUGUGACACAAGUAUUUAAUGGCUGGAUCCUUCUACAAGAGAUUUGUCACCUGAACCCUCAGAGGCCACAAGCUCUAAACGUCAUCAUUCCCAUUAAGCAUUUUUUAGGCUUCAUCCCCUCUGAUUCAGGUUUGUAAAGUAGGAAAAGAAACUUUACAUAAAAAAAACUAUUUAGCUUCUUUUUAAUAUUUUAUGUUUUAACCUAUAUUUUAAAAAUGUAAAAAAUGAAAGAAUAUGAUUUAUACAUUUGUGUAAAUAAAACAAAACAAAAUCUUAUGUACAGAAGAAAAUGGACAAUUAUAUGACAAUAAAAAGGAAACAUAGU